AUGCAACCUAUGGCAGAUUCUGAGAAACUCCCAAAUGAUCCCAAACUCGGCACCGACCCAAGCCAGAGCGACGAGAGCACCACCGUUACACCAGUCAUUGACGAUGCCGAAAACCAACUCCGGGCUGACGUAAAGCCAAAAGAGUCACAUCAGCAGGAAGCGCGCGAGAUUGGAGGUUGGAAAUGGGUUGUCGUCGUACUGGCCAUCUACAGCUCGCAAUUCCUAUUCGCCCUCGACCAGACGAUCGUAGCCAACGUCCAACCCGCAAUUGUCGAGCAAUUCAAUUCCGUGGACAGGCUUUCAUGGGUCAGUGUUGCCUUUCUCAUCGGUGCCGCGGGAACAAACUUGGUAUGGGGCAAAAUCUUUUCUCAGUUCAAUAUCAAAUGGGCCUACAUCUCGGCCAUCGUUGUUUUUGAAGUUGGUUCAGCUAUCUGCGGCGCUGCUCCAAACAUGAACUCCUUGAUCGUGGGUCGAGCCAUUUGUGGCGUCUCUGGAGCCGGUAUGUAUGUUGGCCUCAUGACACAACUAGCCGUCACAACCACCAUUCAAGAACGUCCUAUGUACAUCAGCGGAGCGGGCCUGGUCUGGGGUAUUGGUACAGUCCUGGGUCCUAUAAUCGGUGGCGCAUUCACAGACUCGUCUGCGACCUGGCGCUGGUCAUUUUAUAUCAACCUCUGUGUUGGUGCCGUCUGCGCCCCCGUCUACCUAUUCAUGUUGCCCAACAAGGACCCGCGCCGUGGAACCAGCUUUGCCAACCGUGCUCGUGAACUUGACUACCUUGGAACCAUCCUUCUGAUUGGUGCGUUCUUUUCCGGAGUCAUGGCUGUAUCAUUUGGUGGUGUUGUGUACCCGUGGAACUCGAGCAAGAUCAUUGGCGUCUUUUGCUGCUCUGGUGUGUUAUUCAUCCUGUUUGGCGUGCAGCAGACCUAUGCCCUCUUUACUACCCCUGCUCGUCGCAUCCUCCCCGUCGAAUUCUUCAAGAGCCGCACCAUCUUAAUCUUGUUCGCCGUGACUGCAGCUGGUGGAACGGCCCUAUUUCUCCCUAUCUACAUGACGCCUCUCUAUUUCCAGUUCAGUCGUGGAGAUGGAGCGCUUCAGUCUGGCGUUCGACUUUUACCCUUUAUCAUGUUAAUGAUCUUUGCCACCAUUUUUAACGGCGCAUUCCUGUCCAAGGUGGGGUAUUACAUGCCUUGGUACCUUAUCGGAGGUAUCCUAAUUGUUAUUGGUGGUGCACUCAUGUAUACGGUGGACACAGCGACAUCCGUCUCCAGUAUAUAUGGGUAUACCGUCCUCGUCGGCAUUGGGGCUGGUCUAUUCUGUCAGGCAUCAUUCUCAGUUGGCCAGGCAGUUGUCAAACCUGAAAUGGUUCCUGCAUCCAUUGGUUUCAUCUCAACUGGGCAAAUUACUGGCAUCACUUUAGCCCUCGCCAUUGCCAAUGCGGUAUUCCUCAACAAAAGUGAAGAGGGAAUCAAGGCCAUAUUACCAAAUACACCAACCGCGGAGAUCCAGCAGACUAUCACUGGAGUGGGGUCUGCACUUUUCGACAACAUGUCAGCAGAUGAUCGGCAGCGGGUGUUGGCCGUGAUCGUCUCUGCAAUAAGCAGCACAUACGCCUUGGUCAUUACAGCUGGAUCGCUGGUCACCGUAUUGAGUCUUCUGCUGAAGAGAAACAAGCUGUUUGUGGCUCCUGUAGCAGCAGCCUGA